UCUUCUGCUUCGAAUUUCCAAGGCAUAUGCAGUGUACGACACUGAAGUCAGUUACUGCCAGGGCCUUAGCUUUCUGGCAGCUUCCUUGCUACUUCAUAUGCCAGAGGAACAAGCAUUCUGUGUAUUACUAAAGUUGAUGUAUGAACUACGGUCUUCGAGAUCUCUACAAAGAUGGUUUUGAGUGUCUUUACUUGAGACUGUACCAACUAAACAGACUGAUGGAGGAGCAAGUGCCAACACUAUUACAGCAUUUCUCAGACAAGGGAGUGGAGACUCACAUGUUCGCCUCUCAAUGGUUUCUGACUCUCUUCACAGCCCGCUUCCCUCUAUACUUUGUAUAUCUCAUCCUUGAUGUGUUUCUGCUUCAAGGAACUGAAACUUUGUUUCAAGUUGCUCUAGCUCUUACUCAUU